AUGGCCUCAUUACAGCGCAUCCUCCGACCUGUGGCAACACGGCAGUUCGCCACCAACCUUCGCAUCUCUUCCUGCUCCGCAGCAGCCGCACCCACGACCUGCUGUGUCGCCGCCGCGAGACGCUUCAACUCGACCAAGCCGGCAGCCCCAGAUGCCAUUCCGGACGGAGAGCUCGGCGUCGGCGAGCUGCAGGGAGCAAAGUUCCGCAUCGAGCCCCUGCGCCGUGUCGGCGAGGAUGCAAGGACUAUGCGCGCCAGGCUCCAACGCCAGUCACGCGGCCGAGGCACCCUCGAAUCCGAGCUUCUCCUUUCUACCUUUGCCAAAGCGCACCUGCCCACCAUGAGCGUGGAACAGAUGCAACAGUACGACCGCUUCCUGGAUGAGAACGACUGGGACAUCUACUACUGGGCCACCCAGAGCGAGGACGGCGUGGCGGAGAACGGCAACCAGAAGGCGCCGCAGGCGCAGACGCCCACGCAGAGUCCGCGACCCGGCGAGUGGGCCCAGACCGUCGGCACCUUCAAGCCCGCGUACAGGCCGGUGCCUUCGCGCUGGAAGGACAGCGAGAUCCUCGCGCUCCUGAGAAGGCACGUCAGAGAGAGGUCUGCGGCUGGUGUGCUGGAUGGUGGGAAGCAGCAGCCUCUGGGCAAUGACCAAGCCCGUUCCGGAAACACCGGCGGCGGGAUGGCUUUUAUGCCGCCGCUGAACUGA